AUGGAUUUGAAUAUGUUUCGUUCAUUUAUGGAGGAUUCAGGGCUUGAUGUUUGGACAGUUAUGGAUAUGGCAAUCACUGUGGCAUGUGAAGAUCAUGAAAAAGAGUUGAAGAACAGAAGAGAUGGGAUCAUCGAAAGGCUUUAUGCACCGUCAUUUUCGAGGUGUAAUAGCUGCGUCUUCAAUGGAUCGGAAGGUAAAGAAACUGAAAAUAUUGAAAAAUCUCAGUCAAAACAAGAAUUACAAGUAGAGAAGAUGGUGGAUGUGAAUGAAGAAGAUGAUCAUCAGAAGAUUAUUCUUGACAUUAAGAAUCUUUUGGAUGACCCGACUCAGUCCGAGGGUUGUUUGGUUGAACUGCUUCAAAGUCUAGUGGACAUGAAUAUUACAUUCAAAACCCUCAAGGAAACUGAUAUAGGAAGACAUGCAACUCGACUGCGAAAACAUUCGUCGAGUGAUGUUCGUAGACUGGUGAAGAUUCUUAUCAGGAAAUGGAAGGAUACCGUCGAUGAAUGGGUUAGAUCGAAUACUCCCCCUCAAGAAACCGUUCCAUUUAACGAUCAUGGGAGGAUUGACCUUGAAGUUCUUCCAAAUGGAGAUUUUCGAAAUGGUUCUGUUUCUCAGUAUCAGACUUCAGCUAAGAAGCGUCUUCAUGAUAAUUUCCAGGAAGCUCAAACUGGCAAAAACCCGAAAACACCACGGAUAAUGGAUUCAAAGAACACGAGAAAAACAGAGGAUGAAGAAGACGACGCUACGAAAACUGCAUUAUACAUGAAGAAGUUGCUUUCGAACACGGAUUUGGUUCCCAUUGUUCAACAAGCUAUCACAGAUUGCAGUGAACAUUAUAAAAUUCUAGUCGAGAUAGUCGAAGCUUCGAUUAGUGCAGCCAUUUCUGAAGCAUAUCUUGAUGUUGUUAAAUUUGUGAAUGCUGCCAUUGCUGAUUUAGAUUCUUGCAAGGGAAGACUUGGAAAGUUAGCUCAAGGAGGGAUAGAGAAUUCGGGUUUGAUACAUAGAAGAAGAAAAGGGGUACAUGUUAAUAUCGAGUCCAUCGAGGGUUUGAGAACUUUGUUGAAUACAGCUUUGAGUAUUGCCAAAGCUGGUGAACAUUAG